GGUGAAGCGGCUGUGGGGUCUGUAUCCACUGAGUGUCACACUCACAGCGGCAGCAACAUGCAGUGGCUACACAUGGCUCUGGCUCUGGUUCUCUCACUGACCCUCUGCCCACAACAGCUCUCCGCCGUUCCCCUGGCUAUUGCAACGUCGUCUGGUCUGUGCUGCCAGCAACACAUCCGCAAACCACUGCCCCUGAGCCGGCUCAGAGGCUACAGGCUGCUCAGCGCUACGUAUAUCUGUACACACGACUCCAUAAUAUUUGAGACGAAGAAGAAGAAGCUGUUGUGUGGAGAUCCCCGGCAGCAAUGGGUUCAGGACAGAAUCCAGCAGCUGGACAGCAUGAGGCUCUGAGUGGGAAUGAGCUUUGAGUCAUAUACGGCCUGAGAGUGAGACUGGCCGAGACUCGCUGUGCGAACGGCAGCUUUACACUUGUGUGUUUGGGUCACACUGAUCCACCUGCGACUUUGUGCUGAUGAUGGACCUAUAACACACACUGUAAACGGCGAGUGUAGAGUUUGUACAGAUUCAGGUUUACAAUGUCUAUCUAAUAAACUUAUUGAUGAAAUGCUGA